AUGCCGCCCUUUGCGCCCUCCUCGACAGUGCCUGAUGCGUCCACCCUCGUGCAGCGCCAGUCCGAGGCCACCGUCACCGUCAUCGCAGACGGCACCUCGAGCAGCGGGCACUGGCUCAGCAGCGGCGCCAUAGCGGGCAUCGUCCUCGGCACCAUUGCCGGCACACUCAUCAUCCUCUGGCUCAUCCGGUCAUGCAUCAACUUCAACAAACCCCUGGGGGAGCCCGUCGAGAAGGCCCGCUACGAGCCAAGCCACAGCCACCACCACCACCACGGUCACCACCGUCGCAGCAGAAGCUCGAGGCGGAGGAGUAGCAGGAGACCAAGCAGGGCGUCGGUGGAGGACGAUGUGAUUGAAGGUCCGCCAGCAAUCUACUACACGGAGGCGGAGCGAGGGCAGAGGGCACCCAAGAUUGUGUAUGAUUCGAGGGGGAGGCGGUAG